AUGCUGAAAAGGGAGCGCAGUGGCAGUCGGUUCACCGGGGUCGCGCGGGAAAAGGGAUCCCAUUCACGAAAACAUGAGGGGAAGAGGACACGAAAUCCUAAGAAGCUCGGAAAGUCACCCAUGAAGACCGCGACUGGAACCUCCAAACGCUGUUGUCUCUUGAGUUCUCGAACUUUAUCCCUGGAUCGAUACUUCAAGAAGGAGGGAGUCUACAAGUUUUGUCCGCCACAUGACGGACUCGCGGGUCUUAAGCGCUCUGAUAUCUGCGCUGGCCUCAAAUCGCCACCAGCUUUUAGUGCGAAUUGCUCGGGCUCGCUCAUGGGCACGCAGGUCACUGCCCGCCUGAGGCGGGCACUACAGCUUCAGGUGACUUUUAAAGAGAGCGAGGAGGUAAAGGGGGCUGUCCUAGCCGGAAAGGCAAAUUCCAGUACUCAUAUUCGUCUCCAUUAA